UUGGGAUCUUCUUCCUUUGUCAGUGCGUGCUUGGAGUUUUCCGGGAGCUGGCGGUUCUCCAGCAAGCGCGAGCAAUGUCGGCGGUGAUGGAAGCGCUUCUUCGAAUCUGCACUGGUACGUUGGCAGCCACCGCGGGAUUUCUCUAUCUCGCGAUCGUUCUGGCGGAGAAUCGUCUCUGGCCGGCGCUGCGAUGGAUUCCCGCGACAAUGCAGGGAUCGGCAUGGCUGGUUCUUGCUGCAUCGGCCGCUCUGAGGCGGAUUCCGGGGAAAUACGUCAGGGUUUGCGCCGCGGCGAUUGCCACGGGCUUGGCGGCCGUGGCCGUGGUGAGGAUUAGUGAUCGAUCACAGCAGGAAACAGGGCCGGCAUUCUGGAAGCUCGUGCUGGAUAUUGCGGCAUUUCCAAUCAGCUUGCUUUUCUUGGCGAUCAAAGAGAAGAAGAGCGAAGAAGAGGCACGCGCUAGGCUCCAGGAGCCUCUUCUUCUACACGACGAAGCUCGAAGCAAGAAUGUUUGCCUCAUCAGUGGAGCUGGAUGGAUCAGCCGUCUCUAUUUCCUGUGGCUCAAUCCUUUGCUAGCUCUGGGAAGUAGAAAGACUUUGGAAGAGCAGGACAUGCCUCGAGUGGCUCCAGAGGAUCGAGCAGACACAAAUUACAAGGCUUUUGUGGAGCUCUGGAGUAGCAGCAACAGCAGCAGCAGCCAGCCAUCUUUGUUUUGGACCCUCGGACGGUGCUACUGGAAAAACUUUCUCCAGAAUGGCGUCUACGCAUUGGGAAAAUGUGUCACUGUGACGGCUGGUCCUCUCGUCCUCAAAACUUUCGUGGCGAGCACAGCAAAGGGUGGCAACGUCUCACAGGGGUAUUUUCUGGUGCUGGUUUUGUUCCUGGGAAAGGCGGUGGAGUCGGUCUCCCAGAGGCAGUGGCUUUUCGGAAGCAAGAGGCUGGGAAUGCGAAUGCGAUCCGCGGUUAUGGGAGUUUUAUACAGCAAGCAGCUCAAGCUCUCGGGCCUCGCUCGGAGAACUCACGCGACAGGCGAGGUGAUAAGCUACAUGGCUGUGGACGCUUACAGGAUAGGAGAAUUCGGCUACUGGGUCCAUGUUGUGUGGACUACUCCGCUUCAGAUCGCGAUGGCAGGGGCAAUUCUCGUGCAUUCGGUUGGAACGGCGCCAGCGUUCGCAGGUCUCACGGUCAUAGGACUCUCCAUGCUGGCCAACAGGCCCAUGGCCAGGCUCCAGCGGAAGUUCCAGAACGGCCUCAUGAGUGCUCAGGACAAGAGAAUGAGAGCUACUUCCGCCAUUUUGCGAAACAUGAAGACUGUGAAGCUGCAAGCUUGGGAAGAGAUGUUUAAAGCCCGAAUCAAGGAGCUGAGGGGCGAAGAGCUGGUGUGGCUGUCCAAAGUCCAGUACCGCAAAACUUACAACGCCUUCAUCUUCUGGCUGCUGCCGGUCCUGGUUUCGACGAGCACUUUCAUCGUUUGCUGGCUUACGGGGUACCCGCUGGAUGCGAGCAACGUGUUUACGACACUGGCCACCUUCAGGAUAAUCCAGGAGCCGAUCAGGCUGGUCCCGGAAGUGAUUUCCGCAAUCGUUCAAGUACGAGUUUCCCUCGGAAGGGUUUCAACUUUCUUACAAGACGAAGAGCUUGAUCCUAAAGCUAUCGAAAGAGACGUUAGUGGCGAUGGCGUCGACAUUCAUAUGCACAACGCCAGCCUUAGCUGGGACCCGGACGAAGGCAAGGCUAAAGCUGAGGCAUCUACGCUGAAAGAUAUAAACCUGACCGUCCACAACGGAUCACGGGUGGCAGUGUGCGGUGAGGUUGGCUCUGGGAAGUCGACAUUACUUCUCUCUAUCCUAGGAGAAGUUCCCCUUCUACACGGAAAGGUUAAAGUCUCUGGUAGUAUAGCGUACGUGGCUCAGGUAGCAUGGGUACAAUCUGGAACAGUCAGGGACAACGUUUUAUUUGGCAUGGAUAUGGACAAUAAUCGCUAUGCUAUGGCUCUGAAAGCUUGCGAAUUGGACAAGGACAUAGAAAGCUUUCCUUUCGGUGACUUGACUGAGAUCGGAGAGAGGGGACUUAACUUGAGCGGCGGGCAGAAGCAACGCAUUCAACUUGCUCGUGCAGUUUAUCAAGACGCGUCUGUUUCUCCGUUUAGUGCCGUGGAUGCACAAACCGGAUCUUCGCUUUUCAAGAACUGUAUUCUUGGAGUUCUGUCUCAGAAGACUGUCAUCCUUGUGACGCACCAAGUCGAGUUUCUUCAAAAGUUUGAUGCCAUCUUGGUGAUGCAGAAUGGAGAAGUUUUGGAGUCUGGAAAUUAUGAUGACCUUCUUGCGCGAGGCGCCGUGUUUCGGGAUCUCGUGAUGGCACACAAGGAUGUAAUGUCCACUUUGGACGCGAGAGGCACGACAACCGUAUCGAAGAAGACGGGUCUUCAGCAUCGGAAAGGUGAAGAUUGCACACCUGAAGCUUCGAAGUUUAAUCAGCUAACCAAGGACGAGAAGAAAGAAUUUGGUAAUGCUGCCUACUUGGACUACAUGAAGCAAGCCAACGGAUUCUUUUACUACGGGCUAUCCACACUUUCAUACAUUGUCUUUCUCUCGGGUCAGAUGGCUUCUAACUGGUGGAUGGCUUCUGAGGUUGAAAGUUCAGAGACAAAUACAGGAAAACUCAUAGGUGUGUAUUCUGCAAUUGGGUUGACAACGGGAGCUUUCCUCUUCAUUCGAUCGGUUCUCAUUGUUAUUAUGGGACUGGCAGCGUCGAGGUCGUUCUUCAACAGCACAAUGGAUUCUUUAUUCUCAGCACCAAUGUCUUUUUUCGAUUCCACACCAAGCGGCCGAAUACUAAGUCGGCUCUCAGUGGACUUGAGCAUCUUGGACCUCGAUAUUCCGUUUUCCUUUGGGUUUUCAAUCUCGGCCUUCCUGAGUGCUUUAGCUAACUUGGGAAUGACAUCUUCUGUAACAUGGCAGAUUCUGGUGAUCGUUGUCCCCAUGAUGUACAUCAACAGACUCUUACAGGUUUAUAACUUGGCAUCUGCUCGUGAGCUGAUGAGAAUCAACGGAACUACAAAGGCACCGAUUUUGAACUACUUCGGAGAAGCUAUGUCAGGUGCUACUACAAUAAGAGCUUUCCGCAAGCAGGAGGAUUUCACGAGGAAGAUUCUGGAUAUGAUUGACACUAAUACGAGUCCUUUCUUCCACAAUUUUGCUGCAAGAGAGUGGCUUAUUCAAAGGCUGGAGUCGCUGUGGUCUGCUGUUCUUUGCUCCUCCGCGUUGAUUAUGGUUAUUUUGCCCCCUGGUACAAUUUCUCCUGGAUUUGUUGGGCUUGUACUUUCUUACGGUCUGUCUUUAAACAAUUCUCAGGUUGCGAGCGUGCAAAACCAGUGCAACCUGGCUAACAUGAUUAUUUCGGUCGAACGAAUUAAGCAGUACUUAUCUUUACCUGUUGAAACUUCCUCUAAAACUGGACUCUGGCCGUCUUGGCCCAGUGAGGGGAAAGUAGAACUUCACAACCUCCAGAUUAGAUACAGUGCAGACGCACCUCUCGUGCUUCGUGGCAUCACGUGUACUUUUGAAAGUGGUCAGAAAGUCGGAGUCGUAGGACGGACUGGCAGCGGAAAGACUACUCUCAUUAGUGCGCUCUUUCGCAUUAUUGAUCCAGCCGGUGGACGAAUACUUAUAGAUGGAGUUGAUAUUAUGACCAUUGGCGUUACAGCCUUGAGAUCUAGGGUGAGUAUAAUCCCUCAAGAACCAACAUUGUUUCGUGGCACCGUCCGCUUCAACCUGGAUCCGUUUUCUAAGUACACUGAUCAAAAGAUUUGGGAGGCCUUGGAUAAAUGCCAACUUGGAGAAAGUGUGAGAGAAAAAAAUCUCAAGCUGGAGUCCUUUGUUGGAGACGACGGCGAGAACUGGAGCGUGGGAGAGAGACAAUUGUUUUGCUUGGCUCGUACGCUUUUAAAGCGCAGCCAGAUCCUGGUGCUUGACGAGGCAACGGCGUCCAUCGACAAUACCACCGACGCAGUUCUCCAAAAAGUGCUCGGAGACGAGUUUGGCAAAUGCACAACGAUCACAGUCGCUCACAGAAUCCCAACUGUGGUUAGUAGCGACAUGGUUCUGGCGCUUGAAGAUGGAUUACUGAUGGAGUUCGACAGACCUGCAAAACUGUUGGGGAACAAAUCCUCCCUGUUUUGCCGAUUAGUAGCAGAGUACUGGUCGAAUUCAUCCCUUGAAUGAUUUUGAUUCUCUUCGAGCUAUUA